UGUUCAGUUGAACGCUGUGCUGUGUGUUCGCACUCAUUGAGUGUGAUCAGCAGAGGUAAGAAGCCGGGCGGUGUAUUUUUCCUCCAUUUAAAGUGCGACAGACGGUGUAAGAAGGAGGGACAUGGGCGAAAGAUUUGUGGUAGUCCCGGUUGAGAGAGGAGUUGGGGUCGCCGCGGAGGGGGAGCACUUGGACGCGGUUGUCGCUGACCCGGCACCGGACACCAGCAGCGGCGGUGGCACAGUGGAGGAAAAAGAGGCGGGGGAGAACUCCGUGUUCGAGUCGCAGGACCCCAACGCUGUGGUGCCUAUCCUAGAGUACAACAGGGAGCCCAACAAGUAUGGUGAUGGCGUCCCAAAGGAAAACAGUCCCUUUAUCAACAACACAGACAAUGACAAAGGCAACAGCUAUGAUGGCACCAACAUGGCCCUUUUUGAGGAGGAAAUGGAGAGCAACCCCAUGGUUUCAUCUCUCCUCAACAAACUGGCAAACUACACCAACCUCACACAGGGCGCCCAGGAGCACGAGGAGGCUGAUGAUGAUGAGGGGCCCAAAAAGAAAGCUGUCAAGAGCCCUCAGAUGGGGACCUUCAUGGGUGUCUACCUCCCCUGUCUCCAGAAUAUUCUGGGGGUCAUCCUGUUUCUUCGACUCACCUGGAUUGUCGGCACAGCCGGCAUCUUGGAGUCUCUAGCUAUUGUCUGCUUGUGCUGCUCUUGUACUAUGCUGACGGCCAUAUCCAUGAGUGCAAUCGCUACUAACGGUGUUGUGCCAGCUGGAGGCUCCUACUAUAUGAUUUCCAGAUCUCUGGGUCCAGAGUUCGGUGGAGCUGUAGGUCUCUGCUUCUACCUGGGCACAACCUUUGCUGGCUCCAUGUACAUCCUUGGUACUAUAGAGAUUCUGCUGACCUACAUCGUGCCUAAAGCAGCCAUCUUUGUGGCCGAGAAAAAGGAGGACGAGGUGGACGCCCUGCUGAAUAACAUGCGUGUUUACGGCACAUGCUGCUUGGCACUGAUGUCCGUGGUCGUCUUCGUAGGGGUGAAAUAUGUCAACAAGCUUGCGCUAGUAUUCCUGGCCUGUGUCAUUCUCUCCAUCCUCUCCAUCUAUGCUGGAGUCAUCAAGACCAUCUUCGAGCCACCGGACUUUCCUGUUUGCAUGUUGGGGAAUCGCACUCUGCAGAACCACAACUUUGACCGUUGUCUGAAGACGGAUUACAUAGACAACGUGACGGUCACUACCAAACUGUGGCAGCUGUUUUGUGAUGGACCUGAGCUCAAUGCCACCUGCAACGAGUAUUUUAACAAGAACAAUGUGACCGAGGUGCAGGGCAUCCCGGGACUGACCAGCGGAGUCAUUUCAGACAAUAUGUGGUCAGAGUACGGCCCUCUGGGUAUGUUGGUAGAGAGCAAGAAGUUGUCCUCUCUGGGUGGAAGUGACUCCUCCCAGGACGUCUACAUGCCCUAUGUGUUCAAUGAUAUCACCACCUUCUUCACACUAAUGGUUGGCAUCUACUUCCCAUCUGUCACUGGUAUCAUGGCUGGUUCAAACCGGUCAGGUGACUUGCGGGAUGCCCAGAAGUCCAUCCCCGUAGGGACCAUCCUGGCUAUCGGCACCACCUCCUUCAUCUACGUCACCUGUGUGGUUCUAUUCGGUGCCUGCAUUGAGGGAGUUCUGCUUCGAGACAAAUUUGGUGACUCAGUGGAAGGGAAUCUUGUGAUAGGCACACUAUCAUGGCCCUCACCCUGGGUUAUUGUGAUUGGCUCGUUCUUCUCCUGCUGUGGGGCGGGGCUUCAAAGUUUGACUGGCGCCCCACGCCUGCUGCAGGCCAUCGCACGAGAUGGCAUCGUACCGUUCUUGCAGGUGUUCGGUCAUGGGAAAGCUAAUGGGGAACCUACGUGGGCUCUGCUGUUGACUGCUGGGAUCUGUGAGAUCGGUAUCCUUAUCGCCUCCCUGGACGCCGUGGCUCCUAUUCUCUCCAUGUUUUUCCUCAUGUGCUACUUGUUUGUCAACCUGGCCUGUGCACUUCAGACCCUGCUGCGGACCCCUAACUGGAGACCCCGCUUCCAAUACUACCACUGGGCUCUGUCCUUCCUGGGAAUGAGCUUGUGUCUUGCUCUCAUGUUCAUCUGUUCCUGGUAUUAUGCUAUUGUGGCCAUGGCUAUAGCUACCUGCAUCUACAAAUACAUUGAAUACAGAGGGGCAGAGAAGGAGUGGGGAGACGGCAUCCGGGGACUGUCUCUCAAUGCAGCACGUUAUGCCCUCAUUCGCCUUGAGGAGGCUCCACCACACACUAAGAACUGGAGGCCUCAGUUGCUGGUGCUCCUGAAUCUUGACUCAGAUCAGGGAGUCAAACACCCUCGAUUGCUGUCCCUCACCACUCAGCUGAAGGCAGGGAAAGGCCUAACGAUAGUGGGAAACGUUUUAGAGGGAACCUAUCUCACCAAAGACACCGAGUCCAAGAAGGCUGAGCAGAACAUCAAGUCUGCCAUGUCAGCAGAGCGAACAAAGGGUUUCUGCCAUGUUGUGGUGUCUUCAAACCUCAGAGAUGGUGUCUCCCACCUCAUCCAGUCUGCGGGGCUGGGAGGCAUGAAGCAUAACACAGUCCUGAUGGCCUGGCCCGGGACCUGGAGGCAGUCCAAUGACCCACAGUCAUGGAAGAAUUUCAUAGAGACGGUGCGGGAGUCCACGGCAGCCAAUCAUGCCUUGCUCGUGGCUAAGAAUGUGGACAGUUUCCCCACCAACCAGGACCGCUUGGGGGAGGGCACUAUCGACGUGUGGUGGGUGGUUCAUGAUGGAGGCAUGCUGAUGCUGCUGCCCUUCCUGCUGCGACAACACAAGGUGUGGAGGAAGUGUAAGAUGCGUAUCUUCACCGUGGCCCAGAUGGAUGACAAUAGCAUCCAAAUGAAGAAAGACCUGCAGAUGUUCCUUUACCACCUGCGGCUGGAUGCAGAAGUGGAAGUGGUGGAGAUGCAUGAUAAUGACAUCUCAGCCUUCACCUAUGAGAAGACACUGGUGAUGGAGCAGAGGUCUCAGAUGCUGAAACAGAUGCAACUCUCCAGGACUGAGAGGGAGAGGGAGAUUCAGAGUAUCACUGACGAAUCGCGUAACUCAAUCCGGAGGAAGAACCCGGGCGCUGCCCAGAGCACGAGCCUCAGCCGGCAAUCCUCAACGGCGGAGGACAAUCAGGAGGAUGAGGCCCAACUCAUCCAUGACAGGAACACAGCGUCUCACGCCACCAUAAAUGACAAGGCCGACGCCGGGCCCGAACGGGUCCACAUGACCUGGACCAAGGACAAGCUCUUCAUGGAGCGUAAUCGUAACCGCGAGUGCAACACCAACGUGGUCGUACGAGACCUGUUUAACAUGAAACCAGAGUGGGAGAGUCUGAACCAGUCAAAUGUCCGUCGGAUGCACACAGCUGUGAAGCUGAACGAGGUGGUGGUCAACAAGUCGCAGGGAGCUCACCUGGUUCUGCUCAACAUGCCCGGACCGCCUAAUAACAGAGGAGGAGACGAAAACUACAUGGAGUUCCUGGAGGUUCUCCUUGAGGGUCUGAACCGGGUCCUCCUGGUGCGAGGCGGCGGCCGCGAAGUCAUCACCAUCUACUCUUAGAAAAAACAUUAAAAAACUCUCACGCCCCAUCCUGCACACUUGGGCUUUUGCCAUGGAUACCGGUCACUGGGCAUUUUCGGGGAAAGAAGCCUGAUUUAUUUUUUAUGAAGUGCGGGGUUGUUGGAAGGCGGGACCACUUGUGAUUGACAGAUGGUUUAAAGGACCUCAGGAUGAAGGAAACAGCGUGGAAUCAGUUGACUGUCCGAGAGAGCGAGCACAGUGUGUGUCCACGCCGGGUCACAGUACCCCUGCAUGUGGAAGAUAGAGCAUAGAGACACUUUAUAUCGUUCAUUUAACUUUGAAAACAUUGUUAUGUUCUGUUACAUCUUCAUGUUCUUUCCCUCUUGUGUUGAUGUUGUCAAGUUACUGGCACUCACUGUAAGGAUAAGCGAAGAAGUGAAUGUGCGCUGUUGAUAUGAACCUCGUAGUCUUUUAUGUUGUCUGGUGCACUCUGGGAGGUGCAGAGACGUUUGUUGGACCUGAGAAAAACAUGCACAUAACAACACAUACUGGAUUUUCAAUAUCAGAUACAGUUUGGUGACCUGUAUGUUCUGCAUCAACAUUUGUGCUAAAUCAUUUCAUUUAAAAAUAACUUUUAAGAACUUGGGGUCAGUGUAAACUGCAGAGAGGGCAAGCGGUCUGUUUAGAUGCUUCUGGAACAUACUGGUUAGCUUGUAGAGCCAUCAAUGUUGCAGGACAAAAGGGUCAUGUGCGUUGCCGGAAGGCCCUUCCUAAAUCUGCAUCUGCAUUUGUAGUUGUAGUGUUCUGUGGUUGUUCGCCUUUCCAAUGAUUUAGUGAAGGAUGUUGAACAUGCACCACACGUUGGACCUUCUGUUAGGUGGAUGGGAGCAUUUCAGAUAACUGGUACUGAUACUUGAUCAUUGGUCAACAUCUCCCACCGUCAAGGAACACUGUUUAAAUAGGGAAAAUAGCCAUAGUUAAUAUUCUAGGACCCUUUGUAAGCUUUAUAAAAAAUGACAUUAAGUGCACAUUUAUACAUAUUUAUGGUGGCUGAAGUAGUGCUAAGUUGGGAGUUACUAUAUAUAUUUUUUAAUCCAAGGGCUGUUCGACAGCAUGCAGUAGCUUAUUAAAAUAGUAGAUUGACACUGUUGACUUUGCACUACCGAUCUUUCAGCACUUAAUUCAUUGUGUACUCUCACCUGCUUCUAUCGCCUACAGUGACGCUUUCUACUGCUCAAUACACCGCUACAUUCUUCUUACAUAUGUGGAGCGAGACGCUGAUAAAUAAGCUCAUGAAAAAAGGAUGCAGACAGCAAGUAAUUCCAUAAUAUUUAAUACCUAUGUUUCAAUGUUGUUUUUAUAAUAUUUUACCAAACAAAACUCUUCAGGCUUUGAGUCCCAGACUGAAUAGAUUAAUUGUAAUGAGCAUGUGUAGGAGAAAAAGUGCCAAAAUGAAUUCAAAAGAAACUGUGGAAGUAUUAUUUAGAUGCAUCUUAGUAGCCACAUAGUAGCCAUCGCUUUUUACAUCGACAAUCUUAAAAAAAAAAAAAAGAAAAAAGCACAAUUAUAAUUUUUUAUGAUGGAGCUCAACCCUGCAGGAAUUCUUUUUAGAAUUCAGUAAAUGCAACUAAUAGUGCAAUUUCCAGGACAUUUCAAACCAUCUAACAUGGUCUAACAUGCUGCAAAAAAGAUUUGUGUGUGAGAGGGAAGUAGGACAACUAUCUCAACCCUUACUCAUGUGUACCUCCACAGUUUCUUUUUCAAAUUAGCUGUGCAGUAUUUUGUGAAGCAGAAAGUCGUAUUUUCCUGCACUUCUUUGCAGGAAAAUGACAAUUUCUGAUUGUUGCAACAUCCGUGUUUUGUUGUGUUUCGUUCAGUUGUUUAUGUAUGCCUGUAUUACUAUAUAGUUCUGGUCUCUGUAGUGUUUGUUACAUUAUAUUUGAUCUUCUGUUACUUUAAGUGUUAAUUUUCAGUGUGAUGUUUAUGCAAGGAGGCAGAGAGAGGCGGUAUGUGUGAAGACGGCAGCAGAUGUGUUUUGUUCCAGCCCAUCAGAUACGCAUCAUGCAUAAACACACAGGACUGAAACCCCCUCAGGAUACAGUGGCACCCUGGACUGAAAGUAUAAAGAAACCAGAGUGAAGCAACCAGGGUACUAAUGGAUGGGUUAAAUAACUGUAUCCAAAUGAAGUUCAAACAAUUUCAGUUUCCUUGUUCAGUUUUAUAUUUUAACCACCAAAGAUUAAACAUAUUUCUGUAUAACUAAACAUGAAAUUGUCUAGUUUUAAGAAGUUUGACACGUUGAGAGUUGUAAAGAUACAUUUUUAAAGACGUUUCUUUGUUUUUAAUUUGGUUACUGAGCUCAAUAGCUGUAGCUGUGCAUAAAGAAAACAUGAAACCCUAAACAGAAGAUGCUUAAUAAAUAAAUGAAAAGGUUUCUGGAGGUAAAUAGGAUUGUCAGCAGCGUGUUUUUCACAGCUCUAAUGUUUGAGGUGACUGGAGAAUGUUAUCUACCUCAAGGUGUCACUGAGGCUUGGCUAAAGAAAUAAAAGCGUGUUCACUCACAUCUCUCUUUCAGAACUGAUGUUACAUUAUGGUUUAAUGAAAGGAAAAAAACAUCUGCGAUGUGCGAGGACGUACACAAUAGUGCGCAUGUGUGUGUGUGAGUGUGUGUGUGUUCCUGAGGUGAAGCUGUUUGUGUUUCUGCUGUUGUCCAGCUCAGCUGGCAGGCCUCACAGUCUGGAACAGGAAGUCACUUGUGGGCGCAUAUAUAGAAGAAGGUAGCCCUGUAAAUUGUAUUUGUGCCUCUGAGUAAUUAUUAAAAGUGCUGAAAUAAA